AUGGAUUCGGCUAUCGCUACGCAUGAAUUGCUCCAAUAUCUUCGCUUUGGAUAUCCCCCAAUUCUGCUAGCGAUUCUCUUCGUCGUCUUCUUGGUUCAUUCAUCCCAGGUAGCGAAAAAUAAUGCCGGACGGAAUACCAAAGUGCAGUAUGGCCCCGGUGGGAAACCACUGCCUAGGCGAAACCGAAUUAUGAUGGCGGUAGCCAGAGACUUGCCCGCGGAGCUUGCGUUGAAUAGAUCCAAAAGCUGGUUUGUUUGGUUAAGUCUUUUCGUGUUGGCAACCUAUAUUGCAGAGGCAGCUAUUCAUAUGACACAUGCCUUGAUCUCAAAGUCAGAACAGUGGUGGUGUGGUCAAGCGGUGGUGGUCUUUGUCGUUGGGUCUUUCUUCACUCAUACCGUCAUCUUCAUCUCUUUACUCGAUUCGAGCCCUGCGCCAUCAAUCGCCCAAUUCAUCCCAUGGCUCUCGGCCAUUCCUUUCGAAGUAGCAAUUCUCUCGACUUCCAUCUCAAUAUAUUCUCAUACCCACCGUGAACCCACAAUCGAAGAUCCAUUCGGUGGAAGAUUGCGCACGAAAAUCACAUUCUGGGAGGCAUUGGAGAUUUCCGCAAGCUCUGCGCGGGUUUUUGUUCUCACGCUGAUGAUCGCGUCCUACAUUUUCAAAUCUGCCCGCAAAAAUCGCGGUUUCAAGGAUGCCGAAAAUGCCAAUGCCGCAGAGACGACCAGCCUGCUGGAUUCAAGAGGCAAUGCCAAUUCGGAUGACAGCGAUGCCUUAACCGAUGGUCAACAGACCCCUGCAGUAGAAGCUUGGGUCCGGCCUUUGACGACCCCCUCCACUAAUUGGAUGGAAUAUCUGAGUGGCUAUUCCUUAUUCUUUCCAUAUCUGUGGCCUUACAAAUCUGUCCGGUUGCAAGUUGUCGUCGUCAUCUGCUUUGGUAUAUUAAUUGUGCAGCGAGCGGUCAAUAUCCUAGUCCCAUAUCAAGUGGGAGUGAUCGCAGACUCAUUGUCGACUAGUGAUGGAACUCUACAAGUGCCUUGGAUGCCCAUCUGUUUGUAUAUCCUCUACCGCUGGCUUCAGGGUAGCCAAGGUUUCCUUGAGUCAGUUCGUUCGAAUCUGUGGAUUUCAGUCAGCCAGUAUGCAUACAUGGAGUUGUCAACCGCUGCAUUUGAACAUGUUCAUAGCCUAGGACUGGACUUUCACCUGGGUAAAAAGAUGGGCGAGGUCCUUUCUGCUCUCACCAAAGGCAGCUCAAUUAACACUUUCCUGGAGCAAGUGACCUUUCAAGUGCUGCCCAUGUUCAUCGAUUUGGCCAUCGCCAUCGGAUAUUUCCUAGUCGUAUUUGAUGUGUACUACGCAUUGGCUGUGGCUAUCAUGACAUUCUUCUAUCUCUAUUCAACUAUCAAAAUUGCCUCUUGGAGAGCCAACAUGCGACGUCAAAUGGUGAACGCUUCUAGACAAGAAGACGCUGUCAAGAAUGAUUCUCUCGUGUCCUACGAAACUGUCAAGUACUUCAAUGCCGAGGAAUACGAGUUCAAUCGUUAUCGAGGGGCUGUCUCGGACUACCUCCGGGCGGAAUGGCAUUCACUCUUUGCACAGAAUCUGAUGAAUAUUUUCCAGAAUGUCAUCUUUAUGCUUGGCCUUCUAAUCACCUGUUUCAUUUGCGCCUACCAAGUCGCUCGCGGUCAACGGGCAGUCGGCCAGUUCGUGACUCUCCUUACCUACAUGGCCCAGCUCCAAGCCCCAUUGAACAUCUUCGGGACCUUCUACCGAUACAUUCAAUCUGCGUUGAUCAAUGCGGAGCGUCUCCUCGAACUAUUCCGCGUCCAACCCUCGGUGGUGGAUGAACCGUCUGCAACACCGCUAGCAGUUUGCCACGGCCGAAUCACAUUUGACGAUAUCCAAUUCUCAUAUGACACACGAAAGCCUGCUCUCAAUGGAUUGACCUUUGACUGUAAGCCGGGUACAACCACUGCUCUAGUAGGAGAAUCAGGCGGCGGAAAAUCGACAAUAUUCCGCUUGCUCUACAGAUUCUACAAUCCGAACGGCGGAAGCCUUUCCAUUGACGGACACGACACCCAAACCUUGACAAUUGAUUCCGUUCGAAGACACAUUGGGAUCGUCCCGCAAGACACAGUUCUGUUCAACGAAACAAUCAUGUACAACCUCAAAUACGCCAACCAAGAUGCCACUGACGAGGAAGUCUAUGAAGCCUGUCGCGCAGCUAGUGUUCACGACAAGAUCAUGGCUUUCCCCGAUGGUUACGAAACCAAAGUGGGAGACCGUGGACUGCGACUCAGUGGUGGUGAGAAACAGCGCGUUGCAAUUGCCCGAACCAUUAUCAAAAAACCUCAGAUCAUCUUGCUUGACGAGGCGACGGCUGCAUUGGACUCCGAGACGGAACAAAACAUCCAAGAAGCACUAUCUGUCUUGUCGCGUGGACGCACUGUGCUCGUCAUUGCCCAUCGACUGAGUACCAUCACCACUGCUGAUAACAUUGUCGUAUUGCACGAAGGUCGUGUCGCAGAAAGUGGGACCCAUGAGCAGCUGCUAGCUGCUCACGGUCGAUAUACAACCAUGUGGCAGAAGCAGAUUCGUGCGCAGACUGAAUCUGUGGGGUUGGAGGUCUUGUCGGGCAAGAUAUAG